UGUAAAAUGUACUGGAGCUAAAUAAUUUACACACUCGUGGAAGCAUCAAAAAAUUGUGUUCAGCAACGAAUAUUCAGAAUCUGCAAGCAAAUAUUUUGUGAAUUAAAAAUGGCCGAAGGUAACGAGAGUAACACAAGUGACAUUCCGCCAUUUAGCGCCGACCAGUUGUUAAAAGAAGUGCUAGCUCGCCCCAGAGAUCUUGAUAUGGCCACCGAUAUGGAGGCUAAGAUACAUCAGGCAUUAUUAUUAAUGCUGCUGGAAGAUCCAAAGCAAUAUAAGAAUGAACAUUUGGCAUUGAUAAAAGGUUACUAUGAUAUGCUGCUGAAGAAUAGGGAGUACAGAAUUGAUGAGCUAAACGUAAGGCGUGUGGAUCUGGAGAGUCGUCUGGAGGAUCUUACGGAAGAGUUUGCGGAAUUGCAGCAGCAGCUGCAAGAAAAGAAAACCAAACAAAACAACAAAAGAAAUAAAUUUUGAAUUUUUAUUCA